CCAACGGAGCCUCUAUCAGCACCGCUUUUUUUGAAUCAGCGGCCUGUCCUCAUCAUUCCACCGGAGCUGGUUCAACGUGGAAAAAGAUCUGUGAGGGUCCAUGAAAUCUCACGAGCUUCCAUACGAAAGCUGGCUGCUCGAGCGGGAGUAGAGCGGCUACGCAAAGAUGUGUACGAAGAAUCGCUGCAAUAUCUCGAGACGUUUCUAGACAAUAUCAUCUAUGACAUUAUCCAGUACUGUACCCAUGCAAAAAGAAAAGUGAUUCAUGUCGAAGACGUCAAGAACGCUCUGAAGCGGCGUGGUUUGUGUGUCUAUGGAUUUGAUGAUUAA